AUGGGAAAAAAGAAAAAGAAAAAUGCCGUUUCCCGCGCGCGCUCCCGAGCGGGGCGGGGCCUCUGCGCGCGCGGGCGGGCGCGUCACGUGACGGGGCGGGAGCGUCCGAACGGCCGGGACGGGACCGGGAUCGGGAUCGGGACCGGGAUCGGGAUCGGGACCGGGAUCGGGAUCGGCACCGGGAUCGGGACCGGGAUCGGGAUCGGCACCGGGAUCGGGAUCGGCACCGGGAUCGGGACCGGGAUCGGGAUCGGAAUCGGGAUCGGCACCGGGAUCGGGAUCGGCACCGGGAUCGGCACCGGGAUCGGCACCGGGAUCGGCACCGGGGUGAGACGGGCGGGGCCCGCCGGGCGGUCGCGGGGCUUCCCCGGGGCCUCCCCGGUGCCGGGAGCGGCCGGUCCAGCGCCGGCCCAGGGCGGGCUGAGGGGAGCGGGGCGGGAGCGGAGGGGCCGUGAGGGGAUCGAACAAAGGGCCGGGACCGGCUCGGCGGGGGGACACGGCGGGGACACCGGGGAGCCACAGACCGCGGGCUGGCACCGGGCAGGGGCCGCUGGCUCCGGGGGCGGCGGGAACCGUGGAGUCCCGGAAGGGUGCCGGCGCGCAGAGCGGCGGCGUUAUCGGUGCCGGCGCAGGUGGCAGGAGCCGCGUGCGGUCGGUGCCUCGGCCGCGUCCCCGGCGGGCGGUGACCGCCUCCUUCCUGCCCCGGCGGCGAGGCGAGCGCGGGGGCACAGCUGCGGCAGCCCCGCCAUGUGCCACCGCCCGCGCGAGGCCCCGGGACCCGCCGCCCCCGCGGGGAGCCGGGGGCUGCUCCCACCGCCCGGGGAGGGGGCACCCGGGGAGGGGGCCCCGGGGCUCUGCCUCCAGCCGCUCCUCGGGGCGGGGCGGUCCCGUGGAGGCUCCGGCGGGAUUGGGGCUGAAUCCUGUCAGCGCGGGGAUGGCUCUUGCCGGGCUCCAGCGGCAGAGUUGGACCCACGGGGGGAAACAGGAGGGGCCCCCCCGGCCCAGGUGCUGGGGGGGGCGGCUCCCCCCGGGGACAUCCGUGUGCCGGCCCACUGUGGCGAGCUCCGGCGCUGCCGCUACAUCAUCCCCUGCCUGCGCUGGGGGUGCGGGACCUGUCGGGGAUGGGGCCGGUCAGGGCGCUGGGGCUGCUGCUGUGCCUGCAGCUGUGUGGGGGUGAGUGGCGGGGUGGUGGGAGCGGGGACCCGCCGGUGCCGGGCCCGGCUCAGGCCCCUCCGUGCCGCAGGCUCCGGGCAGCUGCGGCUGGUGGGGGGCGGCGGGCGCUGUGCCGGACGCGUGGAGGUGAAUCACGACGGUGAGUGGGGCUCUGUCUGCAUCUACGACUUCGAAUUGGAAGCCCUCUUGGCCACCGUGGUUUGCCGGCAGCUGGGCUGUGGCCGUGUGGCCUGGUCGUCCCCAUACGCCCCGUUCGGGCAGGGCAGCGGCAGGAUCUGGCUCCAUCCCUACUGCAGCGGCACCGAGGAGGUGCUGGAGGAGUGUCCGAACUUCGGAUGGGGCCAGCACUACUGCGGCCACGAGUGGGACGUGGGGGUGAUCUGCACAGAGGCCAUGGAGCUGAGGCUGGUGGAUGGCGGCGGUCCCUGCACCGGGAGGGUGGAGGUGAAGCUGCGAGGACACUGGGGCUCCGUGGCAGAUGACAACUGGGACAUGGAGGAUGCCGAGGUGGUGUGCCAGCAGCUGGGCUGUGGCUCGGCUGCCAGCGCCUACUUCGCCCACGACCGCUUUGGCACAGGGACCGGGCCCAUCAACCUGGUCCGGGUGGACUGCAAGGGGGACGAGACCAUACUCUGGGACUGCAAGUUCAGCGGCUGGGGACCCUACAACGAAACCCAUGAUUUCGACAAUGCCGUGAUCUGCCAAGGGUUUUCCCGGCUGGUCGGAGGUGACGGAGCCUGUGCCGGGCGGUUGGAGGUGCGGCAGCGCCAGGCCUGGGUUGGCGUCUGCGCGGAGCACGUGGACAUGAAGGUGGCCCAGGUGGUGUGCCGGGAGCUGGGCUGCGGCGCGGCGCUGGCCAUCCCCGGCAGCGGCCGGUUUGGGGCGGGAACGGGGCCGCUGUGGGAGGGGGGGUUCAACUGCAGCGGCAGCGAGCCCCUCCUCAGCGCCUGCGCCCGGCGGGUGCCCCACAGCCAGGGCUGCGCUGGCCACGCCACCAUCAUCUGCUCCCCCUACACGGGCUUCCGGCUGGGGAACAGCAGCUCGGGCUGUGCCGGGCGGGUGGAGGUGGCGGUGAGGGGCACGUGGGGGUCCGUCUGCGCCACCGACUGGGACCUGCCCGAUGCCGACGUCCUGUGCCGCCACCUGGGCUGUGGCCACGCCGUCACCGUGCCCCCGGGAGGCUCCUUCGGCAGCGGGGAUGGGCCGCUGAGGCCGGACGCCUUCGGCUGCAGCGGGAGCGAGCGGCACCCGGGCGAGUGCCCCGUGGCGGUGCUGGGGCAGCCCCCCUGCACCCCGGGGAACGCCGCCGCCGUCAACUGCUCAGGCACCAUCAAUUCCGUGCGGCUGGUGGAGGGUGAGAGCCGGUGUGACGGGCGGCUGGAGGAGGCCAUAACCACCCCAGCCUGGCGCCGUGUGCCUGUGGAGCAGUGGAAGAGAUGGGAUGUCGACAUGGUGUGUGCUGUGCUGGGUUGUGGCCUGCCAAAGGAGAUCUACACAGCCUUGGGUAUGGCACCCACUGCACUGACCAGCAGCUCCAGGGAAGUGGAUACGGAGGACGUGACAGAGGAGAUCUCUGAUGUCUCAGAGAUGGGCCCUGCACCAACCAGCAGCCCUGAGGAGAUGGUCAUCGUCUGCUCAGGCAGCCGGCGGGUGAGGCUGGCGGGCGGUGCCGGGCGCUGCGCCGGGCGCGUGGAGGUCUAUGCCGGUGGCACCUGGAGCAGCGUGUGCCAGGAGCGCUGGGACCUGCGGGCCGCCGCCGUUGUGUGCCGGGAGCUGGGCUGUGGCGCGGCACUGGAGGCCCCCGGCUCGGCGCGCUUCGGCCCCGGCGCGGGGACAGCGUGGCCGUACGUGGUUGAGUGCGCCGGGAGCGAGGAGUCUCUCUGGGAAUGCCCACGCUCGGAAGGGCGCGAGUGCGAGCGCGGGGCCGGGGCCGGGGCCGUCUGCUCAGAGCAGCUCUCCCUGCGGCUGGCGGGCGGGCGCGGGCGCUGCAGCGGGUACCUGGAGCUGCUCCACAACGGCACCUGGGGCCGCGUGUGCGCCACCGGCACCAGCCCCGGCACCGCCGCCGCCGUCUGCCGGCAGCUGGGCUGUGGGGACGGGGGGCAGCUGGCACCCGGCCCCGCCCAGCAGCCGGCCCCCGCCUGGCUGGCCUGGGUGGGCUGCGAGGAGGGGGCCCGCUCGCUCUGGGAGUGCCCCUCGGCACCCUGGCACCUGCAUUCCUGCGGCCCCGGAGGGGACACCUACGUGGCUUGUGCGGAGGACAGUGACAACCCCAGCGAGACAGCCAGCACCCCGUGCCCGGACGGGGCCACCUGCACAGCUGUCCCCAGCAGCAGCGGCCCUGCGGUGGCCAGGGGGACUGUGCCGGUGCCAAGCGGGCAGGUGGCCAGGGGGACUGUGCCGGUGGCGGUGGUGCUGUGCGUGGUCCUGGGGACGCUGCUGUGCCUGGCCCUGGGCGCCCUGGCCGUGCUGAUGUGCCGUGCCCGCGCUUGGCGCCGAGGCCCCGGCAGAGCCGUGGGUGCCAUCCCCAACGCCAUCUACGAGGAGCUGGACUACAGCGCGAUGCCGGAGUACCAGGAGGUGCCCAGUCGCCCAGGUUCCCCGCGGGAGGGCUCAGUGAAGAAGCUGCUGUGUUACACCGGGGACAGCGUGGAGGGGAGUGACAGCGGGGCAGCCCCAGUCCCAGCCCCCCCUGCCCUGCCUGGGCAUGGAACCCCAGACGGCUACGACGAUGCCACAGCAGGAACCCCGGAUGGCUACGAUGAUGCCAUGGCUGGAACCCUGGAUGGCUACGACGAUGCCACGGCCGUGCCAGAGGAGUCCCCCGCUCCCAGCACUGGGGAGAUCUCCAAGGGAGUGGCACGGAGGGGCUGGAUCUGUGUCCCACCCACAGAUGGGAGCUGCCCCCCUCCAAGUCCCCCCGGAGCCACAAGGGACCCCCCGGGACAGCCCCCGGGGCACAUGGACUGUGAUGAUGUCGGCACCGGCGCCCCGGGGACGUCGCAGUGAGGAUGUCCCGGCCACGUCCCAUCCCUGGGGACACGUGUGCAGGGUAGGGGGGCUCUGUGUCAUCAUCUCUGAUAAUGUCAUUUGGGGCACUCCGGUGUCACCGGGAGGGUGGUGUUGCGGUGGAGAAAAUGAGUCAAGAAUAAAGGGGAUCAUGUGGGUUCCCCCAGAAAGGGAGGGGACCAAAAUGGCCAAAAUUGCCCAAAACUUCAUAGAGAGGGAUUGUGUGUCUCUGUAAAAUACUAAAACCUUUAAAGUUUGUUAUUUUAAGAUAUUUUGACGAAUAAUAUCAAUUCCUCCAACCCAACCCCCAGGUGCAGCUUUGGUGCUCCUGUGUGCACCUCUCGCCUUUGCCUCCUGAGACCAUCCUUGGGUUG